GGCGUGAAUGUUGGGGUCCGCAUCUCUGACACUCGGCAACACGUGCGAAGGUAGAAAGAUGGCCUAUGAUGAUGUUCUGCAACACCUUGGAGAUUUUGGACCAUAUCAAGCACGUAUUUACCUCUUACUCUGCCUCCCAGCUAUAUCAUGUGCACUUCACAAACUAGCUGGCGUGUUUCUGCAAGCAAAACCUAAUCACAGAUGUUGGCUUCCUUAUGAAGAAAACAAUGCCAGCUUUAAUUUGUCAGAAAGAGAAUUAAACCUGAGUAUCCCAAGGGAUGAAAGCACAGGAAGCUGGUCAUCAUGUUACAGAUUUGAUACAAACUUUUCAAGUGAAUAUUUUGAAAACAAUAUUCCAGCAAAUUGCACUGUCGGCUGUGACAAGUGGAUCUAUGAUACAACAGUUUACAAAAGCAGUGUCGUAACUGAGUUUGACCUGGUUUGCAAAAAUGCGUGGUUGAGAGCAACUGCUGAUGCACUUUUCAUGGUAGGCGUUUUACUUGGUUCAAUAAUCUUCGGUGAACUUUCAGACAGGUAUGGGCGUAAGAUAAUCUUCUUCAUCUCACUUGUUUUACAAGUUAUUUGUGGUACAGUAGCUGCAUUUUUGCCUGAUUACAUUAGUUUCAUGAUUGCAAGGAUGCUGAUUGGAGCUUCAACAUCAGGUGUUUUCUUGGUAGCUUAUGUUAUAGCAAUGGAAAUGGUUGGUCCAAGCAAAAGGCUGUUUGCGGGUGUUGUUUGUCAGUAUUUCUUCACAAUAGGUUACUUGUUGACUGCUUUGCUAGCAUACUUCAUCAAAGACUGGCGAAUGUUGCAAAUUGCACUUUCAUUGCCUGGACUUCUGUUCUUAAGUUACUGGUGGUUCAUCCCGGAGUCAGUGCGGUGGUUACUUGUGAAAGGUCGUUGUGCUGAGGCUGAGCAAUUACUAAUGAAAGCAGCUGAAGAAAACAAAGUUAAGAUCCCAGAAGAAAUCUUGAAGGAUUUGCUUGACUCUAAUGCCUUGUCUUGCGCAAACGACCAUUAUGAUGAAAGCCAGCAUGAAAGGAAGCCUUCCAUUUUGGAUUUAUUUUUGUAUCCCAACUUGCGAAGAAAGACUCUGAAUAUUUUUUUCAACUGGUUUGUUAACAGUGGCACUUACUAUGGCCUGUCCUGGAAUACAUCUAACUUGGGAGGCAAUGACUAUCUCAAUUUUUUCAUAUCAGGAGCUGUUGAAGUUCCUGCAUAUACCUUUUUACUUUUGACAUUGAACAGAUGGGGCCGCAAAACCAUACUGUGUGGCUGCAUGCUCACUGGAGGUCUUGCUCUGUUGCUCACAAUUGCAGUUCCAUCAAGAAUGUCUUGGUUGAUGAUCCUGCUGGCUAUGACUGGAAAAUUGGCCAUUACAGCAUCUUAUGGCACAGUCUAUGUCUUUUCUACUGAGCAGUUUCCAACAGUAAUACGCAAUGUCGCACUUGGGGCUAGUUCAACAUGUGCCCGAGUAGGAGGCAUAUCAGCACCGUACAUCAAUCUUCUAGCUGAGUACUGGCAACCUUUUCCAUUGCUAAUAUUUGGUUCUUUGGCACUGAUGGGAGGUUUGAUGGCUCUAGUUCUCCCAGAAACAAUGGGAAGGAAACUGCCAGACACCAUAGAGGAGGGAGAGAGAUUUGGUCGGGACUUCCACAGAGCAGAAGAAAAUAAUGGUGUUGUUAUGAGUGAAUCAAGAACUCCAAUUAAAAUUGACAGCUGAAAGGAAAAAAAAUGAAUGUGAAUUUGUUACCAGUUUUUAGUGGAUGUUGAGAAAUUAAAUAUACAUUUCCAUUUUGUAUUCA